AACAUAGAACGCCUUCCUACCAUAAUGGCCCAGCAUAAUUGAUAUCUAACUGCUAACAACAAUGUUAACUAGACUAGUCAGUCAUAGACGUAGUGCUUGGGCGGCUACACUUGUCCCUGUUAGGAUUGGCAGUCCAAUGCCAAUGGUGCUGGUAGUCUGUUGGCAAUCGGUGCAGUACUGCCGGUGUGGUGAGAUCGAGACACAUGAUAUAAGGUUGUUAAGGUAUUUGAGGUGCUUGUUAGCGGAGGAGCGCGGCAUAUUUCGGAUGGUUACCGCGCUCAGGUAUCUCCCGCACUGCUGACUCGUAUAUAUAGGAUUGAUGGCGCACGGCCGAUUCUCGGAGGGGUCGGAGAUCGAUCUGAUUAAGUAAGAAAGAUGUGGGAGCUAAGUAUCGUCGCUUGUCUCCAACAAACAAGGCCCUGGUUCUAACUUGUG